ACCAUUAUUGAACCCCAAAAUUGAAAGAGAAGAGAGGAGGAAGAAACAAAAAGGGUUUCUUGAAUACACAAACCAGAAGCAAAGACAGAGAGAGAAACAAAGAUCAAUCUUUACGUUUGUUCUUCUUCGUGUUGACUCGCGGCACUGGAAGAAGAGUUUGAGAGUAAUCAGUGAUGGGUUCCGGCAAAAAACGGAAAGGACAAAGAAAGAAAGAAGACAGUAACGUUAACGCAAAUGCAAUUCCGGAGAGUUCGAGAGAGAUUGUACAGAACAUGAAGGAAGUCGUGAAUUGCUCUGAACAAGAGAUUUACGCAAUGCUUGUUGAAUGCAAUUUGGACGCUGACGAAGCCAUUACUCGUCUUCUUUCUCAAGGUUUCUUCCAUAAAGUUUCUGCCUUUUUCUUGUUUUCUGGAGUUUGAAGUAGUUUGGUUGAAAGUGGAAGAAACGAAGAUGAAAGAAACCAGAGCAAGGCUUGUUUGUUUUAUUCCCUCUGAUUGAUAGUUUUCAGGAUGUGAAGAGUAAACGAGACCAGAAGAAAGAGGCCAAGGAAAAGUCGAGAAAGUGCGAGAGAGGCAAAGACAGUAAUGUAAAUGCAGAUAUUGUGAAGUGCUCAGAACAAGAGACUAGCGCAACAAAGCUUGUAAAAUGCAACAAGGAUGCUGACAAAGCCGUUAAUCGUCUUCUUUCUCAAGGUUUCUUCGAAAAGUUUCUGCCUUUCUUUCUGGAUUUUAAAGCUUUGAAGUUGUUUAAGUUGAAAGUAAAGUGAGAAGAAGAAACGAAGAUGAAAGAUUCACAGAGCAAGGCUUGUUUCUUUUUCCUCUGAUUGAUGGUAUUCAGCAAGUUAAGAGCAACCAAGAUGAGAAGAAAGAGACCAAAGACACAUUGGAUUCUCAAAGUGUUGGUAGUAGCAACCAGAAUCGUGAAUUGAGUGAUGGCGGUGAUAAUUAUGUUGAUCAAGGUGGAGGAAACAAGUUUCAAUCUGAUGAGAGGAAUAACGUGAAAGGAAUUCGUUAUCAUUUAGCUGGUUCAUCUACUGCAGCCGGUAUUCUUGGUCCUUCAUUCAACAGUGAUGUAUUAAAUGCUGAAAUUAAGAGAGCGCCAACAAGCUCAAGUGAAGCAGUUCCUUCGUUAUCUGUGCCAGCUUCUAGGUUAAUAUCUGCUUCUGGUCAUAGAACAAUGGCUGAUGUUGUGAAGAUGGGCAUAGCUACAUCAAAAGAGAGUGUGAGUAAAGGUCCUGUCAAGGAUGAUUGCCAUUUACCUGAGAGGCCAGAUGAGUCUGCUGCUACAAGAGAUGAGUCUGCUUCGGUAUCCAACCAGAACUUGCAUGACAAUUUUUCUUAUUUCUCUAACUCACUUUUUGAGUUUGAUGCCAGACGAAAUCAACUUCGAGGGUCUGCAUUGGUAUCGAACCAAAACUUGUGGGAUAACAGUGUUACUCAUCCAUUGUCUACCUCAUAUGAUGCUAAAAGAGAAGAAGAAUUUCUCAAGUUUACUCCAGACUUUAUCCUAAAAGUCCACAUUGACGAUGUUGCUUGUCCGUUAUCUAACUCAUUUAUUGAGGCUGCUACUAGAGAAGAUCAACUUCAAGAGUCUUCUUCACUAUCCAACCAGAACUUGCAUGACAGUUCAGCCAAAGAUCCAUCAGCCUCUGUGGACACCAAUCUACAGCAGCUCUCAAUAGAGAAUGAUAUGCCGAAAACAUCGGUUAAAGAGUUACAACAUGUGCAAUGUGGUAGUUUUGGUUCUGGGAUGAAUGGAUCUGCCCAACCCAGCAGUCUCCCAUCAGGGUUCUUGAAUUAUGAUGACUCAGAAGAUAUAUCCGGUUCUGUGGUGUCUCCUUUAAGUCUUCAGAUGCAGAAUAUUAAUACAAUCCCCACUAUGCGUCAGCAAGCGUACACAAAGGAACCAGAUCCUCAGGCUUCUCCUCUCAAUCAGUCAAUGCCUACGACAUCUUCACUUGUUCUUAGGCUAUCAGUUUCCAUGACCGAGACGCUAUUAAACGCUUCAAUCAGUGAACCACAGAUGAAUCAACAAGCCAUGGACCACCAUCAGUCUCAGCCUAUGGUACCUUCAGGGAAUGAUGGUGAUAUGAUGAACUAUCCAUACUCUCAGCCAACACAGAAUGACACCUACAACAUGUCAGCAUUUCAGAAAAAUGGCGGUCAUAACAACAACAGUGAUACCGCUGCAAACUCGAUGUGUGGGUAUGAAGAUGUCCUCAGCUCAGAAUUUAGCAAUCAGAUGGCAACACUUCAUCAUCAGAAUGGGACCUCAAAUAUGUGGACUCCUCAAGGACUCAACGACUCAGGAAACGAUUAUUACAGCUUAUUCUCGGGUCCUCAGAAGCAGCAGUCAGAGAGUUUCAGACAUAGCCAACAGCAACAAGGCCAAGAACAAGAGCAGCCUUGUGAAGAUGAAAGCAGUCGUUACUAUGCAUCUCCGGACCAAGGAAACAAAUAGAAGAGACCGUGGCGAAGAAACAACUGCUAAUGGAUUUGCUUUUCUUAAAUCCUAGCUACCCCUUUUUAUAGUAUUAGCUAUUCUUUUUGUGCCUUAGCCUUAGAAAAUCUUAAAGAACGUUUCUGCUUAGUAGCUAGGUUCGGCUUCUUUCUUGCCAUCAUUUUUUACUUUCAAUGUAAAUAAUCAAAAAGUAUUGUAUACAUAAGAAAGAAAGAUAAA